AUGAAGAAAAAAAUUGUGAUUUUUCACGCGGGCCCGGCUGGACUCGCUGCGGCCCAGAGUAUCAUCGAGAAAGACCUAGCUUCGGAGCUGAUCAUUAUUGACCCGAAUGACGGAACCUUGCCGUCUAAAAUCGCUGAUUUGAAAGCUUCGUCCGAUGUUCUCGGGCGCUUCAUCGACAUUCGCGGUUCAAUCGAAUUCGCUCAAAUCGACGACGCUGAUUUUUUCCUUCUCACUUGUCCUUUUGGUGAAGCUCCAUCGAGUGAUGAAGCACUUGCCGAAGUUCUCCCAUUUUUGAGACAAAUGGCGACGGAAAUUGGCUUCAGAGCUGGACAAUCUACAAUUGUCGUUGCUUGCGAACCUGCAGAUUUGAUUACUUUUGCUCUCGCUAAGUUGACAAAAGCAUCGAUCAAAGUUGUUGGAACCGGAACAGUCAUCGAAAGUGCCCAUUUCCUGCGAUUGCUGAAAGGAGUAGAUACCACUUUGCAAGAAGCAAUGGUCAUUGGAAACAAGCACUCGUCAAUCAUUCCCCUUUGGACAUCGCUUAAACCCAUUCCCGUCAUCGAACACACGAAAAGCGAUGCUCACAAGCGUCAAAAAUUCAAGGAACUCUUGAAAACUGGCUACAGCCCUGCUCGUGUUCCAGCACCGGCGCUUGGAGUAGCGGGCGCAGAAAUUAUUCACGCGCUCUGCUCAGAAUUCCCAAAACGAAUGACGCUUUCAAUCAUGUGCAACGGGCAAUUCGACAUUUGCGAACAAGAAGUCGUCAUGGGCCUUCCAGUUUCAGUUUCAAUUGCUGGAACUGUCAUCGAUGAAACUGUCGUGAUCGGAGAUCUGGAAAAGCAAAAACUUCUAGAGCUGGCGACAGAGUCUCAGGGAAUUCAGCGACGACUGAAAUUGAGAGAAGGACUGACAGGAUAUCUUGAGGUCGAUCGAUCAGAAUACGUCGGCAACCCGCCUCACAGUCCAAAACUCCAUCGAAAGAUUCUCGCCUACGAGCCAGAAGAAGAAUAA